AUGGCCAGCCCCAUCCUCAUGCCGCGGUCUCGCGUCCACGCCCUUGUCCAAAUCACACUCUGCAUCAUUCUCUUCCGCCUCAGGCCGGACCUCCUCCCGCGGUGGUAUUUUUUCCCGCUGACCGUCGUCGUCGUCGCCGCCGUCGCCCUCAUCGUGACAGUGGCACGAGGCGGCGGCCGCCUUGCCCGUUCCGCCGCGAAAAAAGAGCUGCGACCUCCCAAGCCUGUCAUAGUCGUCGAUGCAUCCGAUACCAGGCCCAAGGCUGCUCCCGCGGCGCGGGCCGUCGGAGUGGUCGGCGACACGCUGCUCUCUCGUAUUGGCCGCGUGGUGCAGUGCCUGGUCGACCGAGCGCGGCGGUUCGUCGCGACUUUGAUUGACAGAGUGCAUCGCGCGUGGUCCGCUGGAAGCCGUGCGGCGCGAGCAGUGCACGACCGGACGAGAAAGAUGCGAUCAGAUCGGCGAGCGCUGCGCCUGCAGCUGGAGGUGCUGGCAGGGCGCAUACCGCUUGUAGCGUGGACGUGGACUGUGCGAUGUCUGCGCUGGCUGGUCGCCGAAGUAAUCUACAUCCUGACCCAUGACUUUCGGACCAACAUACCACGCCGCCAUCGUCUCUUCAGCAUCCAUCGUGAACUAGAGAGCGGUAUUGAAAUGGCCGCGGCCGUGGUCAGGAGCACCUGGCGCCAUUUCAUCUGGCUGUGCCUCUGCACGAUGCACUUCCUGGCCUUCACACUGGGGCUCACCAUUAUAUUCCCAUGCCUGAAUCUGACCCGCGGUGCCGUGUCCUACUUCAUGUAG